AUGAUGAGCUUCGACGGCGGCACAGCCUAUGCCGAGUCCGACGCCGACGACGAGUACGAGCGAAGCAUGGACGACCACUCUCCUGUUGCCGAUUCCGAGGCCUCACCCAUCGAUUCCGAGCUGUCGACCUCCGCAGAGCAUACUCCCACCACCUACGGGCAUCGCAGCAGUGCUGCCCGGUUGCCUGAAACCAUCGUCACUGAAUGGAAUGCCGACGAGUGUGCCGACUUCAUCUCCACCAUUGGCCUGCCCCAGUACGCCGAUGGCUUUGUUGAAAACGACAUUGUUGGUGAAGCCUUGGUCGCUCUGCACCACGAGGACUUGAAGAGCAUGGGCGUUGCCAGUGUCGGUCAUCGAUUGACAAUCUUGAAGAGCGUCUACGAUGUCAAAAAAGCCCAGGAUGUACCGAUUGAGAGCGAUCACUAUUUCCCGUUGUCUGCCGAUGCCGAAGCUCAGUACGCCACCGCGACUCUCAAGGACAUCAAGCACCUCGUCGAACAGCUGCGACUACGGGACGAGCGAAUGAACUUGCUGGAGCAAGACUUGCGACGCAUUACAGACGACUUCAGACGGCUCAGAGAAGAUAUGCUGCCAGCCCUCCGCCUUGUCAAAGAUCAACAAACACCGCUGCCAAACCUCAGUGGCGGCGCUCUGGGGCAAGGGUUUCCAUUCGAAGCCACCGCAUCUCCUCCUGCCCCGACUCCGCCACCAGGCUCUGGCCCAGGGGGCGUCAAACGACAGUAUUCCCAACGAAAAAUCAUCAUAGGCGCGACCCCCAAAAACGCUUCUCCGACCCAAGUAGCCCACGACAGGUCGAUUGCUGAGCAAACACUGGAUCCCUCCAGCGCCGCCGAACGGGCCGUCCUGUCGUCGUCGCACCUUGCGGCAAUGAACGGACAGACCUCAUCGGCGCAUCCCUCACCGAAUAUGCCCUCUCCAACAUCACCACAAAACUAUUCCAGCAGCACUACUUUGGGAGCACGAUCCUAUCGCGGGGAGACGUCUGCACCAUCGACUCGAUCCACAAUAAACGACUCCGACCACGGCACGUACAUGUCCAGGGACAAAGGUGUUAUCGCCCCGGGUCUGCCCAGGCGCCGCGAAACUCCAGUUCCCGAAACUCCGGCACCGAAUUCGAAUGGCUCGUCCGUCGAAAUAUUCAAAUCCUUUCGGGUCAGCAUGGAUGACCCCUGCUACAAGGUCCUCCCGGCAGCACUCAAAAAGUAUCAAAUCAACGCCCCUUGGGACCAAUAUGCGCUGUAUAUUGUCUACGGCGACCAGGAGCGGUGUCUUGGCAUGGACGAGAAACCCUUGAUUCUGUUCAAGCAGCUUGACAAGGAAGGCAAGAAGCCCAUGUUCAUGCUCAGGAAGACCACAAAUGCCCAGGUUGACAGCGAACCUGGCAGUGCCGGCAUAGCCAAUGCAGCCAGGGGGGCAUCCACCGGAUAUGAUCCACCUGGGGGCAUUAUUUGA